AUGAAGGUGGAGCAAAUGACGGCUGCGGACAUGAAAAAGGACAUUCGAAUUUCAGAGCUUGUAAAAGAAUUGGAUACGGCAAAAACCAGGAUAAUUACUCUUGAAGAUCUUUGUCGAAGUCAAAUUGGUAGUGCGGUGCCGCCGGCCGCAUCUUCGUUUAUAGAGGUUAAAGAGCAGGAAACGAGUAAUGAGGAACCCGAAACAAGAGACAAUUCACAACAAAAGAAACAUUGCGGUGAUACUGUUAAAGAAGCUGGUGAGAAUAAAGUACCAAGCAGUUCGAACAAUUCUACUCAUCGUGUCACCACUUCCAAUUCGCGCCCAUCAUUACGAAACAUUGCCAUAAUGGACAAAGAUCAUCGCAUUGACGGCAAAGUGCGUCCAAGCACAGCUUCCGAAUUGCAAUCUACUAAACACUCUACAUUAGAGCGAGGUGAAAAUUUUCCUGUAUUGAGAGGGGUACAAGUACUAAAAGAUAUUCCGCUGUCAUUCAAAUCAGGCCAGCACACUGAUAUUAACGGUGAUCCGAACGACGGGACAAAGGAGGUCGUAAAAGAUUCGCUCAGUGAUGAUUCGGACAUUGACAUUACCGACAUUUUGGAGACGUCGCAAAAGCCUACUAAAUCGGUAUAG